AUGUCAGACCUCGCUUCCACCUGUAAGGAUAAACUUGCGUAUUUUAGAAUAAAGGAGCUCAAGGAUAUCUUAAAUCAGCUGGGGUUACCGAAGCAAGGAAAGAAGCAGGACCUUGUUGACAGGGUAUUGGCAAUAUUAUCAGACGAGCAAGGUCAACGCCAUCAUGGAUGGGGAAGGAGAAAUGCUCCCACAAGGGAGGCGGUGGCAAAAGUUGUUGAUGACACAUUCAGGAGCCACAGUCGAUCAGAUUUCAAUCAUUUCAGGCCCAAAGAGGAAUCUUCUGACUUCUACCAUGUAGAGGCUAAGGUCCGCUGCCUUUGCAAUAGCACAAUGCUAAAUGACAAUAUGAUCAAGUGCGAAGAUGGCAAAUGCCAGGUUUGGCAGCAUAUUACCUGCGUACUCAUUCCAGAUAAGCCCACGGAGGGUGCUGGCCCUGAUAUUCCACCUCAUUUUUAUUGUGAAUUGUGCCGACUGAGCCGGGCAGACCCGUUUUGGGUGACUACAGGAAAUCCAUUACUACCUGUGAAAUUUAUGUCAUCUGGUGUUGGAAAUGAUGGAGCAAGUGUACCUCAAAUUGUGGAGAAGACCUUCCAACUUUCCCGAGCAGAUAGAGAAACAGUCCAGAGACCAGAAUAUGAUCUCCAGGUUUGGUGCAUUCUUAUAAAUGACAAAGUCCAGUUCAGGAUGCAAUGGCCUCAAUAUGCAGAAUUGCAAGUGAAUGGUAUUCCUGUACGAGUAAUGACCAGGCCCGGUUCUCAGUUACUAGGGAUAAAUGGACGGGAUGAUGGACCACUGGUAACCACAUGCAGUAGAGAAGGGAUCAAUAAAAUUAGCUUAUCAAGAGUUGAUGCCCGAACCUUUUGCUUUGGAGUUCGAAUUGUUAGGAGGAGGACUGUUCCUCAGGUAUUAAACUUGAUCCCAAAGGAAGGUGAAGGGGAGUCUUUUGAGGAUGCUCUUGCUCGUGUCCGUCGCUGUCUUGGAGGUGGAGGUGCUACAGACAAUGCUGAUAGUGAUAGCGAUCUGGAAGUGGUUACUGAAUCUGUUACGGUCAACCUUCGUUGCCCUAAUAGUGGAUCCAGAAUGAGGAUUGCUGGAAGGUUCAAGCCUUGUGUUCACAUGGGCUGUUUUGAUCUUGAAACUUUUGUGGAAUUGAAUCAACGCUCACGCAAGUGGCAAUGCCCAAUAUGUUUAAAGAAUUACUCUCUCGAGAACUUGAUGAUCGAUGCUUAUUUCAAUCGGAUUACUUCUUUGUUGCACAAUUGCAGUGAAGAUGUUAAUGAGCUUGAUGUUAAACCUGAUGGGUCAUGGCGUGUGAAGGGUGAUGCCGCUACCAGAUAUCUAUCUCAGUGGCAUAUCCCUGAUGGUACUCUUUGUGACUCAAAGGAAGAUACAAACCCUGGUGUCACAAGUGUUAAUGAGUUCAAGAGAGAGGGUACUUCUGAUGGACAUAGAACUUUGAAAAUUAAAAAAAACCCUAAUGGAUCAUGGCAGGUUAGCAGUAAAGCAGAUGAUAAAAAACCUGUAGUUAGACAUCACAUCCAAAACAUCAAUGGGUUCUCAACACCAAACAUGCCUAUUAUCAGUAGCCCCACUGGGAGUUACCGAGAUGGCGAAGAUGCAAGUGUGAACCAAGAAGGGGGUGGUAUUCAAUUUGAUAUAGCAUUGAACCAAGAGUUUGACAGUUUUGCACAUAACUUUGGUCAGACAGACAAUACAGAGGAUAGACAACAACAGCCACAACAUAAUGCUGCAGAUGUCAUUGUUCUUAGUGAUUCUGAUGAAGAAAAUGACCCGAUUGUUCGCCCGCCACCUGUCUAUGCAAAUACUCCUACAAAUGGUGACAGUUUUCCUUUCGUCACUGAUGCUCCCGGAACUGGAUAUCCUGAAAGGUACCAGGAGGAUGCUGGCAUUGGUACAAGUGGCCUUGGUUUAUUGAGCAACAAUACUGGUGAUUUUGAAAUAAAUAACUGGCAAAUGCAUUCUUAUCCACAACCAGAGCAAGGGUUCCAGUUUUUUGGGACUGAUACUGAUGUUGGCAAUCCUUUUGUUGGUCCACAUAAUUCCUUUAAUAUUGCACCAGAAGACUACUCACUUGACUGUAAUGUUGGCAUAGAGGAUCCCUCUGCAGCUCACGAUGUUUCAAUUUGCCGAAACAGUAAUGAUGUGCAUGGAAGCUUGGUUGAUAACCCAUUGGCUUUAGCAGGCGAUGAUCCAUCUUUGCAAAUUUUUCUUCCAAGUCAACCUUCCACUGUUCCCCUUCAGGAAGAACUAAGUGAGCGUGCUAAUACUCCAAAUGGAGUCCACCCUGAUGAUUGGAGGAUAUCUCUUACGCUUGCGGCCGGUGGAGGGGGUAAUGAAGAGUCUACAAGUGUUGAUGGUCUAAAAUCACAGCCAAAAGUUCCAUCGAAAGAGGCAGGAGUCGAACCUUUACUUGAUGCUGCUUCUGCUCUCCCAAGCAUGAACAGAUGUAAUGGAUCUAAUCUAAAUCCAAGAAGGAUUGAAAAUAUAUUUUCUCAUCCUCGCCAACCGCGAAUCUUGAUUUUUACUGUGGAGGGCUAUCAGGUUAUUGUGGUUGAUACAAAGAGACACCAGUGUGGAUGCUUUGUUGCAUUAAACCUGAUUGCAGUUUGUGAUUCAAGUAGCCGACGGGUAAUUGAACAUGCUGAAUACUGCAUUGGAGAUGAUUUCCAAUGCCCCAUGAAAUAA